AUGAGUCGGGUGCGCAUAAGUGUGGAAUGGUCGUUUGGCCAAGUUCUACAAUACUGGACAAUUGUGGUCUUCAAAAAGAAGAUGCGCAUUGGAAAUAGCCCCAUUUCCAAGAUGUAUAAGGUCGCCGUGCUCUUGACAAACUGCGUUACGUGUGAUCGAGUGCGUACUUUGGUUUACCACCACCAUCACUAG